AUGGCCGCCCUCCCGCGCAUCACGGUGCUGGGGUCGCUGAACAUGGACCUGGUCGCCUACGUGUCGCACCACCCGGCCCCGGGGGAGACCAUGACGGCCGACAAGUUCGCCACGUCGACGGGCGGCAAGGGCGCGAACCAGGCCGUGGCAUGCGCCAAGCUGUCGCGGCCGCGGCCGUCCUCUUCCUCCUCCUCAUCGGGCACAGCCGCCACAACCACCACGGCCCACGUCGGCAUGGUCGGCUGCGUCGGCGACGACAGCUACGGCGCGCUGCUGCGCGGCAACCUGGCGCGGCACGGCGUCGACGUGUCGGGCGUCGACGCGCGCGCAGGGCUCAAGACGGGCGUCGCGCUCAUCGUCGUCGACGCGCCCUCCGGCGAGAACCGCAUCAUCCUGUCGCCCGAGGCCAACCACGCCGUGCUGCCCGACGACGCUGCCGUGGCGGGCAUCUUUUUGGAGCCUGAGUCUACAAAAAAGCCCGACCUGCUCAUCAUGCAGCUCGAGAUCCCGCUGGCCACGGUGCUUGCGGCGCUCGCGCGCGCGCGCGAAGCCGGCGUCGCCGUGCUGCUGAACCCGGCCCCCGCGCAGCCACUGCCCGCCGCCGCGUACGCGGGGCUUGCGCACCUGGUGGUCAACGAGACGGAAGCGGCGCUGCUGGGCGGCGUGGCGGACUCGGCAUCGCUGGUCCCCUCGGUAGACGCCGAAAAGGUACCAGCGGCGCUCAGGGCGGUGGCGCGUGCGUUCGUGGCCAAGGGCGUGCGCAACGUGGUGGCGACGCUCGGCAGCCACGGCGUCUUCUUCCUGACGGCCGACGGCCGCAGCGGGCUCGUGCCCGCCGAGAAGGUGGCUGCUGUUGUCGAUACCACGGCCGCCGGCGACACGUUUGUCGGCGCGUACGCGCUCGAGGCCGUCGCGGCCGCCGCCGCGGGCCGCGAGUUCGAUGUCGAGGCUGCCGUGCGCAAGGCGAACCGCGCUGCGGCUAGGACGGUCGAGAGAGCCGGCGCGCAGGACUCGAUUCCCUGGCGGGAUGAGCUUGUGUGA